AUUUAAUUAGUCAGUCAAGGGCUUCAGUUAAAUAGAAUAAAAAUGAACUAAAUAGACUGGCUUUAAACAAUGCUUUUAACUCAAAACAAUAUAUAAUAUAAACAAUGUCUUUAUGUAUUUAUUUAAUAUUGUAGCUGAUUUGGUGUAGUGGGUGGUUGAAAUCGAUGGUAAUUAAAAGGUAAAUUAAUUACUAUACUGUGAUAGUCGUUUGAUUUUUUUCCUGUUAUAGUUUUGCUUUUAUUUUGAAGGCUCAAUGUCUUAGCCGGAUAUGCAGUGCCUUAUUAUUCUUUCUUAACUUAGUUACAGGAAGCGGAAACUUGGCCAGAAAUCAGAGCGCGAGCUGACUGACUUCACUUACGUCCGCAGAGAGGAUUUAUAUACGGUGCUCUGCGGAAAGUCGACAUCAGUUUGUCUUCACCGUAGAAGUAACAAAUCGAAAAAAAUGAGCGGAAGAGGAAAAGGCGGUAAAGGACUCGGUAAAGGAGGCGCUAAGCGUCACCGUAAAGUCCUCCGUGAUAACAUCCAGGGAAUCACCAAACCCGCCAUCCGCCGUCUGGCUCGCCGCGGCGGCGUGAAGCGUAUCUCCGGUCUGAUCUACGAGGAGACCCGCGGUGUGCUGAAGGUGUUCCUGGAGAAUGUGAUCCGUGAUGCCGUCACCUACACCGAGCACGCCAAGAGGAAGACCGUGACCGCCAUGGACGUGGUUUACGCGCUGAAGAGGCAGGGCCGCACCCUGUACGGCUUCGGAGGUUAAACCUGAUCCAGACCUGCUGAGACAAGAACACAAAGGCUCUUUUAAGAGCCGCCACUUCCUCUAAGAGACGAUAUCCGUGUUUUUACUGUAGUAACUUCACAAUUUCAUGUAUGAAGAGGCUUGAAUAUAAUGUGGCGUUGGAUGCUGUUUACAAUGUUAAACAAUCUCACAUGGCACAUGACUUAUUCCCUAGAGACCUGACUUUGAAGAAUAAAGUAACUCAGUACUACUACU